AUGCGAAGUCGCAGAUGUGGAAAUCGAAAAUUUGUGGAGCCCCACACAUGCACUUCAACACGUCUGACAGAAGAUCAUCGAAAACUUGACUCCAAAACUAUCUGUACAUGCAUCAUGCCAAUGGUGAAAGACAUGCCGACCAUUAAAGUUUUGGUACUGAUUGCUGAAAUACAAGCACGAUUCCAGUAUCGAGUAUCAUACCGGAAGGCAUGGAUAGCUAAACAGAUGGCAAUGGAGCAAUUGUACGGAGAUUUCGAUGCAUCGUACAAUGAAUUACAGGGAUGGAUAGCCGCCAUGAGGGAACACGUACCGGGGACUGUAAUUGAGUUGCAGACACGAUCUUAUGACGGUCCAAAUAACCAACUACAAUCGAGAAAAAGAAUUUUCCAUCGGAUGUUCUGGACUUUUGAUCAAUGUGUGCGCGCAUUUCCCCACUGCAAACCAUUUGUGCAAGUAGAUGGAACCUGGCUAUAUGGAAAAUACACACAGAUCUUACUUCUUGCGGUUGCUCAAGACGGCAACAGGAACGUACUCCCGAUAACAUUUGCCAUCGUCGAUAAGGAGAACAUGGAAUCGUGGGAGUUCUUUCUUACCAACCUGCGGAGGUAUGUGAUUAGCAAUGAUAAUAUUUGCAUCAUUUUCGAUAGAGGAAAAAGAUUAAUUGCAGCCAUUAGGCAUUCUGGUGUACCAUGGCGAUCUGUUUACUGCAUCCGGCACAUCGUGGCUAACUUCCAGCGAGAUUAUAAGAAUGCAGACUGGAAGAGACAAGUUGUGAGAAUGGCGUACGAGUUAGAGCCACACAUUUUUCGCCAAAGAAUGGCCCGGCUUGAGAGUGACAUGGAGGGUCAAACCAACACAUCUUUCCGGCAGUGGCUGGGUACCAUGGAGCCGUGGCAAUGGGCUCAAAGUUUUGACGAUGGCUUUCGUUAUGGUCAAAUGACUACAAACUUAGUGGAGGGGAUCAACGCUGUGUUAUUAAAAACACGGCAUCUUCCAAUUUCAUCUGUCUUCUCGGCAACGUUCUUCAGGUUGGCUACCUUGAUGCCAAGAAUGGGUCAGCAACAAGUGAACCAGAUGGAGGCGGGCCAUGUCUUUGUCGAAGGCAUUAGGGAUGCAAUGGUUGUAAACCGUCGAAUGGCAAGGUCGAUGACAGUAGAAGUAUAUUCACGACAUAAUGAAACGUUUUGA